AUGUUAAAUACUCCCACGGAUGUCGGGGAGCGUUUCCUUUCUCCUGCAUUUAAGAAGCUGGCUGGAUGCUCGCGCUUGGUUCUAUUCAAUGAUGCCAUAUUUUCUGAAGCAGAUUUCGAGGGUCUACGUCAUGUUGGAUUGGGCGGAAAGCGUGGGUUGGCAAAUACCCAUGGACGUCAUGGGUUAGGCGCGUUAAGCUUCUACUAUUUCACCGAUGUUGUUACCGUGAUAUCCGGUGAAUAUGUGAUGUUUCUUGAUCCAUCCGGUGAAAAUCUUCCUCCAAGGAGACAUGGAAAACGAACUGCAUUGAGACGUACAAUUAAACAAGUUGUGAAUCAAUUCCCAGACCAGCUGAAAGGGUAUGAAUCUUUGUUCAAGUUCACUGCGUCAUCGGGGUUCUUUGAAGGGACAUUAUUUAUUCUUCCUCUCAAAUCGUCCAUCAGCGAGCAACAAACCUCCUUUCUCGAUGUUCAUGAUAUGGUCAAGUCUUCUUACAAAACACUGUCAGCAAAUGCGUUUUUCUUCACUACCUUGCAACGCAUCUCCGCGUAUAAAAACGCGGAAUCUGAUAAUGAAGAUCAUCUCCUCUGGUCGUUUGAAGCAAGUAGGCAAUCUCCCAUUGGCCUCGAUGACCGCUAUACACGUCACACUUUGACGUUGAAACAUCGCUGUGGUAGAUCGGCUCCGAUCACUGAAAAAUGGUUCAUUGUGACGUCUAGUGGCAUAGAAAUUCCCCAGAUUCACUCCGCCACUGCCGAGGGAUUAAACUUGUCUCGUGAAUCUCCGUUGUCUGUUCAGUUGGCUAUUCGAACCGAUAACGCUGGAGGCCUCGUGCUAAACAGCACGUCGUCUUUGUUCUCCACUCUGCAAUUGCCUAAAUUGAUAUCGCUGCCCUUCCACAUCAAUUCUCGAUUUGCUAUCUCCUCAAAUCGUCAAAAUGUUGUUAUGCAUCCUGCUGGAAGCGAUAACCAACUGGAUCCAAAGACAGCGUACAAUAUAUGGAUCUUGAAAGAGCUGAUUCCACCGCUCUACUUGUCUUGUCUUGACUACCUUGUACACAGCUCACAAAGGAAACUCUUCUAUCGCGAUGUCUGGUGGCUUCUUAAUGCUAAAGACGAUAUAUCAAGACUUGUCCAGGCUGCGUUUUACGGCAUAUUAACGGAAUCAACCAAGUUACUGUUUCAAGAUGCUACGAAUGAUUGGAUUGCAUUCCAUGACGCUGUCUUUUCUGCUUCCCAACCGUCUCAAAUUACGGAGCUUUUAACAUCCAUCAAAGCACCUCAAUUUGUUCUAUACGAACACCUAAAAGGAAUGGCAAAUUGCAAAUCCGCCAGCACUGUUGAUGGACGAUUUGUCAAACAGGUCCUUGUUGUAACCGGUCUUCAUUCUAUGCGGAAUCUUAUCUCAGCGAAAAAAUUGGAUACCAAAGGUAUUGCCAGGAUUAUGGACUAUGUACGUAAAGAAGACGAUCUUGCUAUGCUCCCCCUUCUCGUAUUAGCCUCUGGAACACUUGUGCAAAUACCGGACAAAAAUAUGCCCGCUGUUUACCGAUCUGUACCCGAUACUGUAUCGGCGUUGUUUUCUACGGGGCGUUUCAUGGCUCCAGUUUACACCCUCGAAUCUGCAAACCGUCUCCUUGAGGACGAGAAUAUCAAUGUUGUCGAGAUUACACCAAGUAGUAUGGCGGGGCUUAUCAUCAAGGAACUCAAUUCGAAGGGUCCAGACGCUCAGAAGUCAUGGCUUGACCUGUUCUGGAGAGCAUUUCCUAUCCUACCUGCAAGUCCUAACCUCACGCUUCUUGAAGACGGGAAGAUUGUACAAGGUUCUUCCCGCACCCUAAAGUUAUCCGAAUGUAAAAAUGACCGUGUUGUUUAUCAAUCACAUGGGCGUUCACCUGCGAUCGAGCCACCUAUUGCGAAUAUGCUUCACAAAUUGGGACUUGAAAUUGUCAAUGUUACCGCCAAUCCAAUCCUUGACGGAUACCUCAAGCCAAAAUUCGCCGAUACAAUCAGCAAUGUUUUGCUGUGUAUGGAAGCUAAAGGGAUAUAUAACCUGGCGCAUUUGACAGAAGCUGAAAGACAAAAUUUCUCACACUGGAUACGAAAUCAUCUUCCAGCGACCAUAUCUAAGUGGAAUACGCAGGGUAGCUUGGUCUCUCCGCACUUCUUGAAACGGAUAGAAAUCUGGAAUGCGCAGACAUUCGAAGGGCAGAGCUUGCAUUCUGUGAUGGGAAUAAAAUUACUUCCAUCGAAUGUCCCACCAAAUCGCAUACGCCCGUUCCAGAAACCGGAUAUCGUCGUCUCUGAAUAUUCAUACACUCUCUACACCUUUAUUCAAUUCCUUUCACAGGCUAACAUCCCACCCAAAACCCUCUCGGCGAAAGCAAUUAUGGAUGUAGUUGACGUCCCUCGUCAGAUUGGGCUAGGUAACGAGGCAGGCAUCACUGCUAUGAAAGAUUUUGUCGCCUCAAUGAUCUCUUUGCCACCAAAUGAGGUCCGACAUGCAUGCCUUCAUGUUCCAGACCGUCACGGUAUACUGCGACCAAUAGGCACCUUAUUUGACGAUCGAAUGCCGCUUUUCUCGACGACAUUGCAUUUCACUCAGCCAUCCUCGUUUGUACAUCCCGCCUUCCAAGGCUUGCAAGACCAAUUUCGUGGCCUCGGCCUUAAUCAUCAGGUGAACUCACAAACAUUUGCAAUGUGCGCUCGUGCAAUUGAAAACGCAUUGCAAUUACAUCGUAAUGGUGUAUUGGAGCGCAACAUACUCUUCGAAAUGUCGGACGCAGCGUAUGAAGUUUACCAGACGCAGCUUCCCACGCUGCUUAUGAUGGACGAAAAUAAAUGGAACUCAAUAGACAGUAUAAAUUUUGUUCGCAGAAAACAGGAGCGGAGAGAAGGCGCAACCUAUGAUGUGGAGAGAUAUUUCGAUGAACCAUUGCCACUUUUGGUGUCCCCGUCUCUCUGUGUUCGCCAACAUAUACAAUCCAUCGCCUGGACCCAGCGUGCCCUUUUCCAUCGAGACCCAUCCGCGGAGGUAAUUGCUCUGAACCCGACCAUAGGCAUACCUUCAGCGAAAGAAGUGGUUGAACAUCUUAAAAUUCUUGCUUUGCGGAUUGCCCCUCAUCACAACAAUGAUGCCUCCCUUAUCGACGACCUUGCCGCAACAUAUACCUGGCUUAAUGCCCACAUCGAUGAUGCCAAGGAAUAUCUUCUAGAAUGUCGAAAUAUGCCUUUGUAUCUCAACGUCAAUGAUCCCCGCAAUGACACCUGGGACAACGCCUGGUCUCGAGGCACUGAAAUGGUACUAGGGCUCCACUAUGAUACGGCUCGUUUGAAAAGGGUAGGGCAAUUCCUUGACCGGUACAACAAUCUUCUGGAUGCCUCCGGAUGCAUCACCAUGAAAGCUUUGAACCUAAUCAUGGCAGCUCCCACUCAGAACGUCAGGAAUGUCACCCAAGAUCUCAGAAACACAUUUAACGAAAUGCGCAAGGCUGCUGAACUUACGGAUGUUGCUUUGAUCCCGACUGCUACCGAAUCGAGUGCUACAGUUCCCGCUAAGGAUGACCCUGAGCUUCGUGCGCAUUACUCGUUCCUGGCUGCCACGAUGCCUUAUGUUCGAAGACACGCUCAAGGAUGGUCGGCGACGAAACCGGGAGAGAUAAAAUUCUUUGGCUCAACCUUCGGAGCCAAAGCAUUGUUGGGUAUGUAUUUUGGCGCUUUGACUUGGUUACCAAACGUUGAUCGCUUUACAUGGGUAGAUUUUGCGUACACGGGCGACUUCAAACGACCUGCUCCAACAGCAGACGCUGGUCUGACUGCUUUGCUGAACGACCUUUUGGAGCUCCUUCCUAUCGCAGACGAAUGGGACAUCCCUCAAUUUAAAUGCCUCAUUGAACACAAGAUCAUUCACGAGUAUGACAUGAUACAAAAGUUGCCUCACCAUUACUCUAUCAUGGUCCAGCAGGCUGAUGUCUACAGCGCAGAGAAUCUCAGGAAAGCUUUAACUCAGUUCCAAAAAGAGAACGCGGACUUCUUACGGGUAUUGCAGGAUGCAAGUUAG